CGCAAACCCAUUCAGCUGUUUGUUGUUACACAGCGUAGUACGAUCGUAAAGGCCAUGUGAGCAUGUGAAAGUUCGAAAAAUUAUACCUCGUACAACGGGGAAAAUGGAUACUGUUCUCAAAUUAUUGACGGGGAUUAUUUUGGUGUGUUUCCCUAAAUAUGGACUGUUUGCUUCUUCGACGACGGACAAACAUGACAUGGCCACCCUCCUUCAGACACAGUACAACCGUCACCUUUUAGAGAACGUUCCACGGCCCUACGAAAUUAUAUUUCCCAAACGUAUCGUCAAACGUAACAAGGCCAUCGGAAUAUCCACCAAGGAACACCAAAUCAAGCACCAUGGAACCUACGAACAUUACAAACAUGUGACCUACGAGCUGAUGAUCAAGGGCAAACUACAAAAGAUACGACUGGAGAGAAACGAAGUCCUGUUGUCCUCCGGUGUUCAAGUACGACAUUUUCUAGAAGAAAACCAACAAAUUGUAUCACAGACGGUGGAGCACUGUUUUUACCAUGGCUACGUACGUAAGGAUCAGUGGUCCAGUGUGGCCGUCAGUACCUGCCACGGAAUCAGGGGUGUCAUCAAUUUGAACAAUGAAACCUAUGUGAUUCAGCCUCUACUUGGAGGAGAUGAGGGGACUGAACAUCCUCAUUUGGUUUUCAAGGCAACACCCUCAGCGUCAGAAACAUGUGGAAAUGGGCAUGGUCAAUGGCGGCCGUUCCACGAACUACACAAGGGAGAAUUCAUUAAAAGGGUCAAACUCCUCAAGGCGAAACAGCAUUCAAGCCAGCAGAAUGAACAACAGGAUCCUGCCAGUGUUCUGACAGAGAAGAUGAUGAAGUUGGCCCUUAUUGUAGACCAUGCCACAUGUAACCAGCUUAACUUCAGCUUUAGUGAGAUGGUCACCUACACCAUACAGAUAGCAAAUGUAGUAGAUUUGUAUUACAAGGAAAUAGGAAUGAGGACACCAAUAGUUUACCUGGAACAUUGGAACCAGGGGAACAAAAUAUCCGUUACACCGAGCCUCCGGAAAAACCUGGAUCAGAUCCUAUUAUACAAGGGGAGAGAACUCACUCAAAUAGAACAUGACGCAGCACACCUGCUAGUUGGUGAAGACUUGGAGGACAACUCUAUAGGGAUAGCUAUUCCUGACUCAGUUUGCACCAAAAGGGCCGUCGGUAUCAGUAAGAUGAAGAACGUGUUCCAGCCUCAGCAAGUGGCCACUGUCCUGUCCCAUAUGAUUGGUCAUACAUUGGGGAUUAAACACGAUGAGGACGUGAACGAGCGAUAUCUGUAUCAUGCAGGUGGAUGUGACUGUGAGGAUGACUUUGGCUGUAUCAUGUCUACAUCCGUUCUGUCAAAGACAAGUCUGUCCUCGCGCCAAUUCUCCUCCUGUAGUCUGUCUGACCUUGACGUGGCCCUGAACAUGGACAUUGCAUCAUGUCUGACCCCAGACAACCAGAAGGAGACAUUUACCCAGACCUGCGGUAAUAUGUACAUAGAACGAGGUGAGGAGUGUGACUGUGGAAGCGCUGAUGAAUGUGAAAGGAUUGAUCCAUGUUGUGACCCCAACACGUGCCUCCUGAAGACCUGGGCACAGUGUCGCACGGGAGCCUGCUGUCACAACUGUACUUUUAUGGCGAAGAACUAUGUGUGUCGAGAGAGGUCUACAGAGUGUGACGUACCAGAGCUUUGUACAGGAGACAGUGGAGAAUGUUCUGCUAAUAACUACGUCCAGGACGGACACCCGUGUGGUAAUGGCCACGGUUAUUGUGUCGGAGGAAUCUGUCCCACCCUUACUCAACAGUGUCAACAUAUCUGGGGCUCAGAGGCGACAGGAGCUGACUACCAGUGUUUUGAGCGAUUCAAUCCAACAGGAAAUUUUAAUGGACAUUGUGGGAAGGACAAUCGGACCGGAUCCUUUGCUAAAUGUUUACCAGAGAACAUACAGUGUGGAUUGUUACACUGCCAGGGAGGGACCACAGUCCCCCUUCUAGGCUCAGAUAGGAGUUUCUCCAAAACUACCUUCAGAUUCGACAACAUCGAGUAUGACUGCAAGGUGAUCCACGGCCCAGCAGUGAUUGGCCUGCCACACUUUGGUCUGGUCCAGGACGGCACCAAAUGUGGUAAAGGUGGCAUCUGUAUGAACAAGCAGUGUGUAUCAACAAGUGUCCUUUCUCCCCUGACGUGCCCUGGUACAGGUGGCAACAUCAUCUGUUCUGGUCACGGGGUGUGCACUAAGGACAGUUCCUGUUUCUGUGAUGAAGGAUGGGACGGACUUGAUUGUUCUGUGAAGGUUAAUAUCACCGUGACGACUGGAAUCAUGGCCACCACACCCAUGCCAACGACCCCAACAACGACCCCAGAGAUUAUGGUGAUCCCUAUUGAGAUUCAUGAAGCCACCACUCCUAACACGGAGAGCUCUGUAGCCGCCCUCAUUCCUGAGGACAACGGUUUCUCUUCCGUGUGGCUUAUUAUCAUUCUCGCCUCUGUGGUUGGGGGUCUGGUCUUCUUGCUCACCAUGACGUUUGUCUGCUACAGGAGAAGAAAUCCGGUCAAGUUAUUCCAUAAAAAGAAAGGAUUCUUCGGGAAGAAAGGUGACAAGGACGAUAAAUGUAUAGAGGCAGGAAAUAAACUGAUAACAUUCGGGAACCUGCCUUCUUACAAGUCUGAUAAGUUGUGGGGGAAGAAGAAAAAGAAAGGGCGCCUGACCAGUGAGGAAGAGAGUGACAUUGGGGAACUUCCGCCCCCUCCAAUUAUAAUCUCCAAUGACGCUGUCAAACCAGAGCGCGGAAUUCUGAAGCAUUGUGGGAAGGCUGACGAACGUCGUAGUAGUGAGUCAAACACCGGUGGUUCCGAUGUGACAUGUGACAGGGAGAGUAUGGAGCGCUACAUGUACGAUGAGGAUGAUGAUGAUGAAGCUGAGGAAAUACAGGAAAUUCUCAGCCGAAAAUUUGAUCCUGGAAAUUCUAUGGAAGAAGCACUUGAUCAAAUUGCAGAAUCGUCGAGUUUUGAUUUUGUGUUGCCCAUGCCACAUUUCAAUUCUGGAAACUCUGGAAAUAAUGGGCAUGUGCAUUCAUCGCCAAGGAGAAUGAUGAUGGGGGUUGGCGGGUAUGAUUUCCCAAUCCAUCAAAAUCAAGCGCAGCGUCCACCUAUGUUAUGGAAGUCAAAUCUCUCAUCUCCACCAAAGUCAAAGGUCAUUCGCAUGAAAAACUUGGACGAACUAAUUCAGCAGAUAGACCGCCAUACUAUCGACCUUUCACCAUCUCCAGAUGAACUGCCAAUGCAAGUGUCACCCUCAACAUCAGAGGAUGUUCGCAGCAGUUCCACAGAAGAUCGAGACAGACAUUACUUUAAUAAUUGUCACACCCCACAGUCUCCCCAGUCAAUUACAAGCGGGAGUACUCGAGACACCUAUCGCCCACUGCUUAGUAGUCAGUGGACGAAAUACAUCCUCCGUCGUAAUGACUGGGACAACGAAAGUGCAGACUAUUGCACGGGCGAGUCCCCUCCUCCUCACAUCAAUAUUCCUCCUCCUAUGAGUCCCCUGCACAUACGAAACAUAUUUAACUAUGCACAGAAAUCACUAGAUCGCGACAACAAUGAUACUCCAAUGGGAAGUCAGACAGGCGAGUGUAGCUCAAAUAACGGCACCACCAACUCACGUUGUGGCUACGAGAAAAGUUCAGGUUACGGCAGUGAACAUGACCCUGCUGAAGGUAAUAGCAUUGACGGGAUGUCACACACACAGUCGAGGUCAGGCUCCGCCUCACCUCCCUCGUACAGCGCUGUCAUCCGCACUGGGCCAAACCAAAUCAAACUGGUGCCCGCCAAAAAGCUACAGGAAACUGGUAUAGAAAAUGAAGACCUACAUAGACUUUUACAAGAGUUACCGAGAAUUGAUGCUGGUACCUUUGAACGAAGCCCAGUUCCGACUAACAUCAAACCACCACGAUAUGGUUUUCUAACUAAGGCCGAUUCUUUACCGCCAGGAAUCCCACCUCCUUCAGAUUCCUUCCCAGAUCCCUGCCCAUUAAGUAAGCAUGACCACAUGCAGUUCGGCAGUGCGCCAUGCAUAGACUGUAGUCUCGAGUCUAUACCACAGGCACUUCUUGCCAAAUCGAAACCAAAACAUAAAAAUUCUUUUGACAUUGCACAAAGACCAAACAGUCUCACAGGGCCUCAGAAAGAGGUCGAAUUGAUGUUUGAUCAGAAUGAUUCUGACACUGAUAGUCGGAGACAUAGUGCUCUAGAUCAUGCACUGGAAGGUUUACCAGUGGACCCUGCGGUGGCGUAGUGUUCGAAGGAGAGACAACUCUUUAUAAACAGGGGGGACAACUCUUUCAAUGUGUUGUUGUUGCCGGUGCUGUAAAAUAUUUAUGUAUGUGCUUACGAAUAGAUCUGCUAGACAAUAUCUCAUUCAAUUUUUUUUCUGUGCUGUUACAGAAACAUUUACAUGAUUGAUUAUACAAAUUUACAUGACUUUAUUUCGAUGAACAUGCAUUUUAAAAUAUUUUCAAAAAUUUGUAUAAUAUUAUCAUUUUUUAAUUCAAUAUUGUACAAUUUUUCACAGUAAUUUGUGGAACUUGAUUAAAAAUUCAAUUAUGAAUAUUAUUUAUUAAUUUACAAACAUUUUCAAAUAUUUUGUAACUGUCUGAUCUUUCUGUAGAAAAAUGUGAAUAAACAUACAUAUGUUAAAAAAUAUAAUACAAAAAUUCUUGAUAGUUUAAGAAUGUAAAAACCAGUUAUUGAAGAUUUUUUAGUAGGACAAAACUUCUAUAUUGGCUUGAUGUAAGUGUAAGUAGUGGCGAUAUAAAAGUCUUAAAUUUUGGUUUUGUUUCUUAAAUUUUUCUUUUUGUCCCUCAGUCUGGAAACUUCAUAGUUUUAUAUUUGGAAUUUUUUGGUGGAAAUAUGUGUUUGAACUGUAAUAUUUUUGCAGUGUUAUGAAAGUUUUUGUAGUGCAAUUGUAUGUCAACAGAUGUAAUUGUUUUUGACUUGCCAUGACUUGACCUAUAAUAUACCUAUAUAUGUACUGUUGUUUUUUAACAAAAAUAACAAUUUUCAUGUAGUAUACAAAUCAGAACUGCGAUGGAUCAGCAGCUACACUUGGAGAAGUGUUUGUGUGAUGAUGACACCAAGUACCUGCUCAUUGUUUGAAAAUAUAUACAUAUAUAUCAGAAGAAUUUGGAUUGAACUGUUAAACAUUAAUUCAAGGUAAAUUGUGUAUUUAAAUUCCUAACAAAGAUAUUAAGAACUGCAGAACGACAGACUAAACAAAUUAAAAUUACACCUAUUUUAUUUAAAUUGAAGGUUAGGCAAUUUGAGUGUAUGUAAGUUGUGAAGUUCAUGUUUGGAUACAAAAAUUCCUCACUGCCAAAUACCCCAACACAAUUAGCCAUGAUAUAUUCAGGUAUUCAUCGCCUAUUAAUCACACCAUUCUUUCAUUAACACUUCGUUAAUUCAUUUGUAGGUGUGGGGAAAAAAAUCUGAAAAGAUUUAGGCUGAAGGCAGUUUUGAUUGGAAUAAGAUUAAACUUUAUGUUUGAUUUUUUUUCAAUGACAGAUAAGCGGUGAAUUAAUUAAAACAUUGUUAAUUUGGAUAUUAAUUAUAAAACUGUUCUUAUGAAGUUGGAUGUAACCUUGAGAUGAACUGAAAGUCAUACUAUCUCAAAAUAUUGGACAAACCCUUGAGAUGUGCCAUUUUUAUAAAAAUGUUGUAUAUUAAUUCUGAAAAAGAGAAUAUAAUAAUUUGUUGAGUUUUGUGAUUUUUUAAAUCUCUGAAUCAGCAAGAUCCUACAUCCCUUCACCAACCAGACCUAGGUUACAAUUUGUAGCUAUUUAUAGCAUCUUUGAUCCAUUUAGACAUAUGCCAUUUAAAGAUCUCUGCAUCUUCCAUUUUCUACGCAUUUUACUUCUCUCACUCAUUAAUUUUGUUUCAUUAUGCGUAUGACCUUUCCAAAAGGUCAAACCGAAUUUGUGCAAUACUCAUGAACUGUUGUAUGGUUUUUUUGUGAUAGUUUAAAAGUUAUUUGAGAGAUUUUUUUUUAUUUUGCAGUAUUAUGUCUCAUAGUAUAAGAGUAUUAAUCAUUAAUACUGUGUAGUGGUUGUAACGGCAAAACACUUGUUGUAUGCACAUAAUUUUUAGGACUUUUUGCUAGUUUGUUGAAAGUGAUAUAUGAAUUUGCAUUAUAAACAUUUUAUCAUUAUGAUGGUGUAUUUAAGAGAAGUAGUGAACAUUUUUAUUCAGAUUUUUAUUGUUCUUAUCAAGGUGUAACGUAGCUUUAUUUAUAUUAUAUGUUGUCAUUACUUUGAAAUUCAUCUUGUCGAAAAGUUUAACUCAUUUUGUAAAGACUUAAACUGAAUUUAUCCUGUUUGCAUUAACAUAUUCUUACUCCGAAUCUCAUUUCAAAAUGUUACACAUAUCUUGAGACCUUUUCACUCAAGUGUAAGAAGUAAGAAUCGAAUGUAUUGUUUGUCGACAGACGCCAACUUUACAUCUGAAUUUUGCUUUUUAACUCCUUUUGAGCCCUACUGCUGAAGGGUUAUAUUAAUUUCUGAAAUUAUUUCAAUUCUACAGAAAUAAACACAAAAUGUCAUUUGGUACAUAAAAGUAUUUUUGAAAGUUUCGUGGUUUGUCUAACUAUGUACAGGUUGUGUCACCAGAUAUUUGUGUCUUUUGUAAAUGUGAAAAUAUGUUUUCUUCAAUGUUUGGCAUUUUACAGUCUCAUGUGGCCUAAAACCUACAUUUAACUUGUUUAUGUACAGGAUUAAUCCAAACCAAAUUGUAUAGGGUUUAAGUUAAAAGCCAUUUAAAAAUGAUGAUAUUUCUAGGUGAAAAAAUCUUAAUCUUCAUUUCAUAAUCGCCCAAUUUCUCCCAAUUUUAUCAAGAGAGCCUGAUAUUGACCAUUAUUAUCGUGACUUGCUCGGAUCAUGAAAAAUGCUGAAAUACUUCAUUACCUUUGAUCAGAAUGAAGUUUUCAAAAUUGAUUGUCCGAAGCUAUUUAUGAAUUAAAAUGAUGUUUACCAGUAAAUAUAACAAAAUCCAAAUAUAUAUAAAUCUGGUAACUGUACAGAAAAUUUGAUAUGACCUUUCUGCUUUAUGACGCUUUAGAAGACCGUGUUACCCUUGAUUUUUUAGCGAUAUGACCAGAAAUUUGAUCUUUAUACAUUUGGACGACUAAAGUUUUCACUUUUCUAAGUUAUAAACACAUAGGGGUGUUAAUGACGGCGAUAACGGUAUACAGUAAUCUAUAGCAGUAGGGGUGUUAAUGAGGGCGAUAACGGUAUACAGUAAUCUAUAGCUGUAGGGGUGUUAAUGAGGGCGAUAACGGUAUACAAUAAUCUAUAGCUGUAGGGGUGUUAAUGAGGGCGAUAACGGUAUACAAUUAUCUAUAUCAGUAGGGGUGUUAAUGAGGGCGAUAACGGUAUACAGUAAUCUAUAGCUGUAGGGGUGUUAAUGAAGGUGAUAACGGUAUACAGUAAUCUAUAGCAGUAGGGGUGUUAAUGAGGGCAAUAAUGGUAUACAAUAAUCUAUAGCAGUAGGGGUGUUAAUGACGGUGAUAACGGUAUACAGUAAUCUAUAGCUGUAGGGGUGUUAAUGAGGAUGAUAACGGUAUACAAUAAUCUAUAGCAGUAGGGGUGUUAAUGAGGGCGAUUAUGGUAUACAAUAAUCUAUAGCUGUAGGGGUGUUAAUGAGGGUGAUAACGGUAUACAAUAAUCUAUAGCUGUAGGGGUGUUAAUGAGGGUGAUAACGGUAUACAAUAAUCUAUAGCUGUAGGGGUGUUAAUGAGAGCGAUAACGGUAUACAAUAAUCUAUAGCUGUAGGGGUGUUAAUGAGGGCGAUAACGGUAUACAAUAAUCUAUAGCUGUAGGGGUGUUAAUGAGGGCGAUAACGGUAUACAGUAAUCUAUAGCUGUAGGGGUGUUAAUGAGGGUGAUAACGGUAUACAGUAAUCUAUAGCUGUAGGGGUGUUAAUGAGGGCGAUAACGGUAUACAAUAAUCUAUAGCUGUAGGGGUGUUAAUGAGGGUGAUAACGGUAUACAAUAAUCUAUAGCUGUAGGGGUGUUAAUGACGGAGAUAAUGGUAUACAAUAAUCUAUAGCUGUAGGGGUGUUAAUGAGGGUGAUAACGGUAUACAAUAAUCUAUAGCUGUAGGGGUGUUAAUGAGGGCGAUAACGGUAUACAAUAAUCUAUAGCAGUAAGCGUACAUCUGUCCAUACAUUUGUGCUUCCAUGCAUGACGAGUACUGGCUUUUAUUGACUUGUAAGAUCUAUAUAUUUUGUAAUUUUAGAACAUUUUUAUCAGCCACGUGUGAUGAUGUUCCAUGAUACCAGUUCAAUAAUGUGAUGUUUAAAGUCAAAACCAGUGAAUAUUCCAAAAUGGUCAGUCUAGAAAAAUAACAUUAAUAUCUGAUGGUGCUUAUUUAUAUCCUAUUUUGUAAUUCAAUAAGAAUAUAUUUGAAGUAAAACAAGCAUCUCAAGUAUUAUUUUAUAACUUUGAUUUGAUAAAGAGAUAUAUUAUCUUUACAGAGUAGAUAUUUGAAAUUAAAUUCUCUAAAUACUGUGUCUUGUUCAUGAAAUACUCAGUAUGAUCUUAGACUGUACCUAUAGACUUUAUAACACAAAUAUUUAUGAAAAUUUUGAAAAAUCCUAAUGAUGUUACCAGUCACUUUGUCAGUUUUCAUUGUAAGAUCUUUGUUAUGUCUCAAAUAUUGUAGCUUUUUAUAGGUUAUAUGUCAAAAUGUAUAAAUUAUCUAGGCUUUCCAAAAUUACAAAUACAGAUGUACAUACCCCAUUAUAUGAAGCUUGUUUAGAAUACCAUGCGGAUUUGUAUGUCAGAUAAGACUUUGUAUUUAAAGUCUUUUAACGUGUGCAUUGUAUUCAUAAUCCCAGCAAAUGCAAAUUUGAAAAAUUUCUCAUCAUCCAACAAAAUGUGAAUUCGAAAAAUUUAUAGUGAAUCCAUAUUGAAUUCUGAAUUGUAAAAUAUUAGUUUAUGCUCAUAAUUCAUUACAAACUAUUUUAGCAUCAUCAUCAUCACAAUUUAGAAUUUAGAAUUCGUGACCUGUGGUGUCACAUGACAAUCAAGAGUGCUGCGAUACAAAAGUAGGUCACAGUUACAUGAACUAACUAGGUCACUGUGACAUAAUUGAAAAAGGUCAUCAUAAUUUGGUGUAAGUAGGUCAAUGUGACUCAAUUUUAUCAGUGACUAUAUUUAAAUUAUUGUGACUUGUUAAUUAGAUCUACAUCAUUGUUGCUUGUAAAAGAAACUGUAAUUAAAUUUUAAUACUUAGUUGUGACUUUAUUAUAACUAUAGGUCACUGAAUUACUGUAAGUAGGUCACCGUGACUUCAACUAAUUUGAUCAGUGACUAUAUUCAACCAAGUUAUUUUGACUUGUUAAACCUUCUACAUCACUGUUGCUUGUUAAAGUCAGUGGUUAAUACUUCAUUGUGACUUGAUUAUAACUAGGUCACUGAUUUACUUUAAGUAGGUCACUGUGACUUUCAAUAAUUAGGUGACCUGUUUUGUGUGCUCUUCCAUGAUAUCACCACCAGUAACAACCCAAUUGUAUAACAAUUUCCUGCCGAGAUGUAGUAGGAUCAAACAGAGAAUUAAACUCCACAAAGUAUACUA